CACCAUACAAACGCACGAUCUUGGUCGCACUCGAGAAUACUGCGCUUCUUGUAUGCCCGCACUCAACCCAUGGACGCGCCAUGCCACGCCGAUCCUGGGCCGCGCCACCGCGAGCGAGAUCCGCGUCGGCGUCAUCUUUCAGCACGUGAAGGGGUACAUUGCCCUCGAUUGGCACCACUUGACGUGCUGCGCGUCGCCCCACCUCCUCCCCAGCGUCGACGGCUACGAGCUCUUAACCGAGUGCGAGAAGGACGCAAUCGAGACGUACGCCAAGUCCACCAACGUGGUCGUCGCAUGACAUUUUCCUUUUGCU